AUGAACCUCACCGCGGACGAUACAAGCCCAAACUUUAGCUGGUCGGGCGAAUGGCGACGUCAGGCGACAAACCAGGUCAGCAUCAACGACAACUUUUUCCUCAAGACGUACCAUGCCGCCCAGACAAAGGGGGCUAAAGUCAGCAUCACAUUUGUCGGCUCUGCAUUUCAGAUAUACGGAUCCACUGGGCCUAACCAUGGCAAGUAUUCUGUCACAUACGACGGCACCAUCAAAUACACCACCGGCUUCGCUGAGCAGGCCCGGUACCAGCAGCUCCUCUUCUCCAACAUAUUUGGCACCGAGGCCGAGCGUCAUACAGUCGUCUUACAAAAUGAAGAAGACUUCUGGCUUGAUUUGGACUUUAUGGUUCUUACUCUUGCUGCGACUACGGAAACGUCGACGACAGACAUUGGCGCGUUUGAGUCGACUGUUACUCCGGCAACCGCUCUGCCGUCCUCAUCCGCGGGCUCGACACUGAAUGGUGACAACGGCGCGACCUCUUCAGACUCUUCCGUCUUCAAAAUUAUCACCUUUGCGCUUGCGGGUUUACUUGGUGUCCUACUCCUCGGCGCAUUGAUAUGGUUCCUCCGUGGAAGGCGGCAACGGAGUCAAUCACGGAACGCCGGAUCAGAGCAAGAGGACCUACGGUAUUCGAUGAAGGGAGGACCAGGAACUCUGACCGAUGGAACUGAAGGCAACGCGGACAAAGUCUUAGGAAUUGGGCGGGUCAACAUCGGUGCCAAGGAAGAUGCAUCCUAUAUGCAAACGCCAACAACAGGGUCGGGAUACCCUGUAGAUCAGCACCACAACGAAGUCAGGAGCGUCGGUAGUGGAAGCAUUGUAAGCGGUGCUGCCCGCGAAACGCUCAUCGCCCUCAAUAACAUGGGCAAACGACCUGGAUACAAGAACCUCCCAGGGGGCUCAGACGGUAGAGAAACGCCGACUUCGUUGAGGACGCUGGGUUCCGCUGGCCAGACAUGGCUAGGCGCGGCCUCCAGGCGAGACUCGGAAGUGCGGUUCAAAGGGCGCGCACGAAACGAGAGCGUAACGAGCGAUUCGGACCAAGCAUCGAGCGGAACGCAUCUAGUGCCAAAUUAUAACAACCGCUCGCAGCCGAUGCGAUCGUCUGCUCUGGCUCACCGGCCAGAACGAGACGAAGAAUAUGCGGAUGAGGGGAUGGGGCUAGAUAUUUACUCGUCCAACAUGCGCAACGACGCAGAACGACGAGCGGCGGACCUACGGAGAAGCGCAUCUGUUGCCUCAUCCGGUAUCUUGGACAGGAUUACCUCUAGCCCACCACCUGCGGUACCAGAGCUCCCGCCGCUAUCUGCACAGGGCAGCUACAUGUCUUCCAACAACAACUCGAGUCGAGGGAUGCGCAGUGCGUCUCCGCCACCGCAGACUGACAACGCGAGCAUAUAUUCUGCCUCGGACGCGUACUCCGCGUUGACCCUGGCUACACGUGUUCGCCAUCCGUAUGGACGUGGAAACUCGAUGCUUGUGAGCUCCAAUUCGAGCACACACAGCGGCGGAACUGCUUCGACUGCGCUACGACCACCACCAAUCCGAACUCCCAACGAGGAUCGUGAACGCGAACGCAGUCAAAGGGAGCGGGAAAGGGCGGAAAAGGAGCAAGAGGCGGCUCGGGAUCGUAAAAACCGUUCUGAAUCGCGAUACUCGCGCCCGCCGCCAGAAUAUGCUUCUCCAAUAGCACAAAAGCAGCAUCAAGAGUGGGGUAGCUCUCAGGGCGCGUCUUUGCAGCGACAAGGGACACGGCAUGGCGACAUUCCGAUUACGAUUGAAGGAGGCUUUGGUGCUGAAUUCGAGAGCGAGAGUCAGGAGAGUCACUCACACGCCUAUGUUGGAAAUACGAGCCAUAGCAACGCCGCUCAACAUGGUUAUUCAAGCUACUCUCAACCACAACAUGUUCGCAAUAAUUCUGCGAUGGGCUCCGGGUCAACAACGCUGUCUGCGCCCAAACGUACGCUUCAACCAGAACACAAUGUGCGAAGCUACACGCCUGAUCGUAUCAUGGCCGUUCCAGGUGAUAGGAAUCAGGGGUUAGGACGACCAUCGGAAGACCGCGUAUGGACGUUGGACGGAGUAGCCUCUUCCCCGAAGAAUAUGAUCGGGAGACCGAUUAUAGACGACCGCACUCGAAUAGGGACGAGUAGCCAAGUACGACGCGUCUCCCGAGUGCCAGCCCCGAUCCCAUAG